AUGGAUGUCAGAUAUGAGGACAAUUAUCUGUGGAAACGCGUCACAAAAUAUUUCAGCAAGGAUUACCAGAACCGUGAUAAAACAGGCACAGUCAUAACUAGCGAUACGCGCAACAGCAAUGACGAAAGUAAAACGGUAAAGGCAAGGACGCUAAACUUUAUGGCCUCAUCUGCCCUAGUUUUGUGUGUAUUACACCCAUUGGACACCAUAAGGACAAGAAAGCAGAUAUACAAAGUGUACAAGAACUCCUACCCUUAUUACUAUAACAACAAAUACAAUCUGUUCUACAUUUUGAAAAAAGAAAAAAUAGAAAGUAUUUAUCGUGGUUUACUGGCUACGCUGCUCACCACAGGGGUCUCCCAUGGUAUAUUCCGUUUCAUAUACGACACUCUGAAUAAUUACGCAUUUCGACAGUUCAACGAUGUUAAUGGAGGGAAAAAUCAAAAAAAUGAUACCGCCAUAAGUAGAAGGAAGGAGGAGUUCUCAGGGGGAGAGGCAAAACAGGUGUGCCACUCCGGGUCGGGAGAUUCCCUGGAAGGAGGAAAGGUAAUAGAGAAUUCAGGUGGCGGUAGAGAAAUAUCAUCGUGGAGUCCCAAUUUUGUAAAAAGUGCUAUCGAAAGAAGACAUGGAGACAAUCUAAUGAUGUCCAAUCUGUCAUAUAAGAAAGAAAUUAACAACGAAGACAAUGUUGAAGGAAGUACUAGGAAAGACGGUGCAAUUAGCGGUCACAAAAAUAUGAAGUAUUACAUCAUCACAAGCAGCGUGAGCUCCAUCAUUAGUGUUUGUAUUCAACAUCCAAUAUGGCUCAUUAAAACGAAAAUAGAGUGCACCAUAAAUUUAAACUACAAAUUUUUAAAUUACAAAAACAGAAUAACGAGCAAACAUUACAACAUAUUUGUGGCAAGGAAUAAAAUGUGUACAAGUAAAAUUGUCCCCCAAAUGGCCAAGGUGUUCCUUUUUUUCGGUUAUAAUUUGAGAAGAAAAAAUGGAACAGGUAAAAAAAUUAAAUCCCUUCUGAAUGACCGUAUGCUAAAGUCUUAUAAGAAUAAUUUUGUGUGCAAUAAAAAUGUGAAGAGAAUAAAAAAAUUCAACCAUCUCACAUAUGUAAAUGAUAACAAAGCAUUUUUACACAAAAGUGUAAAAAGAAAAAUUGCACACAAUUAUUUGUUGUACAAAUAUUACACCUUGUCAAUUUUGGAGAGAAAACAAAUGACAAAAAUGUUCAUUUCAAAUCAUCGUAAAAAAUUUUCGCGCAGAUAUUUAACAUAUUUAAAAACCUCUUUCACUGGUAAUCAAAUUCUGCGGAUUUUCAAAAGGGAAGAAAGUAAAAAUGCCAUAAGUACAAUUUAUAAUUAUAAAAACUACUUCCAGUUUGUGUAUAAUGUAUAUAAGAAAGAAAAAUUAUUUUCAUUUUAUAAAGGCUUUUUUACCUCUAUAUUACUCACUCCUCAUGUAGCCAUUCAAUUUUAUGUAUAUGAAUAUUUAACAUAUCAUUUUAGUUCUGAAUAUUUCACAAAUGAGCUUAUCGGGAAAGACGCCUACAUUUCUUCAAACACGCUAGCCAAAGCGUUACCAUUUUUGUAUGGUGUUUUAUCAAAAUUCAUUGCUGUUAUUUUUACGUAUCCGUUAUACACUAUAAAAGUGAGGCAACAAGUGCAGAUGAAAAACUAUGGAUUUCUAAAUGUAGUAGUUAAUAUUUUCAGGCUCGAGGGUAUCAGAUCUUUUUAUACUGGCCUUAAUAUGCACUUACUUAGGAACUGUUUGCAAAAUGGAAUGCUCUUUUUUAUUUUUGAAUAUUUGAAUACUGGCUCCGUGGGGGUGAAGUGA